CUUGUGGGAUGUUGCCCUCACUGGCAGCUACGAGAAGAUAGACAACACCAGCCGAACCUCCACAGAGCGAAAGGUUUGCGCGAAGCAUCGGCACACAGGCAGGGGGUACCUUUUCUUUGGAAGUCAUGGGGAUUGUAGACCAGGUCCUCGAGUCUGCCAGCUCUGCCUCCCUGUUGGGGGUUCUGCUGGUCCUCCUCCUCGUCUACCUCGCCUCCUCUUUCAGCCUCGGCUCCCCGAAGGACAGGAAGGAACCUCCAGGGCCAACGCCGCUCCCUCUGAUCGGGAACCUGCUGCAGCUGGACCUCAAGAGACCCUACAACACCUUGCUGAAGCUUUCCAAGAAGUAUGGAUCAGUGUUCACCGUCUACAUGGGACCUGAAAAAGUGGUGGUCCUCGCUGGAUACAAGACGGUGAAGGAGGCGCUUGUGAACCGUGCCGAUGAGUUUGGAGACAGACAAGCGAUGCGGAUCAUACAUGAAUCCAAUCAAGGACACGGGGUUAUCUGGUCCAACGGGGACUCGUGGAAGGACAUGAGGCGCUUUGCUUUGACCAACCUGAGAGACUUCGGGAUGGGCAAGAGGGCGAGCGAGGACAAAAUCAUUGAGGAGUGUGAACACCUCAUUGAAGUCUUUAAGAAACAUAAAGGAGAACCUUUUGAUACAACCCAGCCGAUGAACUACGCGGUCUCCAACAUCAUCUGCUCCAUCGUGUAUGGCAGCAGGUUUGAAUACGACGACCCACAGUUCACAUCGCUGGUGGAUCGGACGAACAGAACCAUUCAACUCGUGGGCUCCCCGUCAAUACAGUUGUAUAACCUGUUCCCGUGGAUCGGUAAAUGGAUUGCCAAUAAGAAAGAGGUGGAGACUAUGAUUUCUGCCAACAAGAAGCAGAACUUACAGCUGUUCAGCCGCCUGAAGGAGACUCUCAACCCGCUGAUGUGCAGAGGCUUCGUGGACGCGUUUCUAGUCCGAAAGCAAAAUCUGGAGGAAUCUGAGAACACCAACAGUCACUUCAACGAUGAGAACCUCAUGCAGACGGUUCUCAACCUGUUUGCUGCCGGCACCGACACAACUGCAACCACCCUGCGAUGGGGGCUUCUGUUCAUGAUCAAGAAUCCAAAUAUACAAGACCGGGUCCGCGAGGAGCUGAGCGCGGUGGUGGGGAGUCGCCAGGUGCAGGUGGAGGACAGGAAGAAGCUGCCCUUCACCGACGCCGUCAUCCACGAGACUCAGAGGCUGGCCAACAUCGUCCCCAUGGCGAUUCCUCACAGAACCACCCAGGACCUGACCUUCCAGGGUCACUUCAUCAAGAAGGGCACCACGGUGUUUCCUCUCCUGACGUCCGUCCUGUACGACGAGAGCGAGUGGGAGGAGCCACACAGCUUUCACCCCGCCCACUUCCUGGAUAAGGACGGGAAGUUCAUCAAGCGAGACGCCUUCAUGCCUUUCUCCGCAGGCCGCAGGGUUUGUCUCGGGGAGAGUCUGGCCAGGAUGGAGCUCUUCAUCUUCUUCAGCACCCUGGUGCAGCGCUUCCGUUUCACUGCUUCGCCCGGGGUCUCCGUGGAGGAGCUGGACCUGACCCCCCGCGUGGGCUUCACCCUCAACCCCUCGACCCACAAAGUGUGCGCCGUUCCCUUUGAUGUGUGAGGAUUUACAUCAUUUAAGAAGCACAUUUAUCAUCAGACUUGUGAAUCUGACCCAGUAGAAGGUUUUCUGUGUGUCCACUCGGCCGUUUAAAUGUCGCGAAAAUGCUGAGCAAUGAAAAUCAUUUGGAUUAGCAGAUUAAUAUUGAAAAAAUGAUGCAGCUUUAAAUAAAAGCUUCUAUUUUAAAGACCAGUAAAAAAUACUGUCAGCUUCUCAAAACUUUGUUCUGGCCCCAAAACACGAGGAGAAGGAGAGCGUGAAGGUUUAAAAAGUGUUUCAAAGAGCUGAAACACCAGUUCGCUCGAGUCUGAAUUGUUCAUCAAGUAGCUCCGAUGCACAUGUGCAGAGAACUAUUUGGAAAAUGGCUCUCUUUUAACUGCAAUAUAGAAAAGUAUAAGUCAGAUGAACUCAAUAAACUUAAAGGUGCUUCCCUCACUGUAAGCUGUAGAUCCACCGGAGAAACUCUACAACAAAUUAACUUUAUUCACAAUGUUUAUGACUAAUGUGUAACAGAAAACAGGCCUCCUGACUCCUGGUUAAUGUGUAUGUGUAAUGUGCACAUAUGUAUGUAUAGAACCAAAAAAAGAAAGAAAGAAUGAUCUGCAGAUUUUUUUCUUUAUGUCUAUAAGUAAAGGAACAACAGUGCUUUCACAUUUAAAGAUUGUAUGUACUUGUACGUCUUCAUAAUAAACA